AUGAAUUCGAUCGAUGACCUCGCGUUUCGUCUGGGACAAGUUUGUGGUGCGAUCCAGUCCUAUCAGCCUCGGGUACCAGAACCACCUAUCAUCACCGUAUCUGGAUCGAAUGCCUCCCUGCAACUCGACGGAAAGUCCUCUGCGGCAAAGAACGACUCAGUGCCAGGUCUGCGGAUCCUCAGGGAAGAAAUAAACCGUGAGUGCGCAGUCUUAGAGAAGUUUCUUGAAGAUCCGACACGAUCAGGAGGCAGUCCAUCUCUCUCUACUAAUGCACCGUAUCUCAUCGCGGUAUGGCAAGAACUUGUCCAUAGCCACUCCCCGAUUGCACUUUAUCGAAGCUUUUUCCACGGGAAUCGUAGUCAGGGACGUAUACCCAACAGGCGCAAGCCGUCCAAUCGGCCUGUCAAGGUCGAUGUCGUUAGUGAAAACGGGGCACGUUGGAUACGAAUUAACACCAUAAAAAACUCGAGACUCUUGAUGGAGUUCCAUGAGCUGGAUUCAUACCUGACCAGCUCCUCAGACGAAGAAGGCGAUCAUGACAACUUCACACAUCGUAGAAACCUCACCCGUUCUGCUACUAACCAAGAACUCGAAAAUUCUGUGCUUCAAAUGGCACGAGAACUUCUUGCUGCCGCUGAAGCCAAUCCUCUUCCCGUUUCGGGACGCACCCCACAAAUAACUUUGCGCCUAACACGUCUCAAUCCAACGCUCGUAGAUGAUUCCGGCGUGGAGGCCGACCCUAGAAUAGCUGGGACUAUAAAACACUUGCGGGACAUAGGCAUUGACGUACAACUUGGAGAACGAUCCGGGGCACUCCUAGAUGAUUACCAUGGAAUACAGCAAAUCGAGCUGGAACCAACUAGUAACAUCAAUUUGGACCUGUCUGCUUUGAUUGCGCUUGUCUCGGAUAUAUCCCAUGCAUUCUUACCUCGUAGUCCCGAUGAAUCGCAAACAAGAUAUGGAUACUGGAAGCUUGCCCACAAGGAGAUGUCAACGGAGAAGGCCCUGAAGACGACCAAUAAUCAUGAGGCGUACAACGACGCUCAUGCGACGAAACUGCGGGCAACAGAAGAAAGCGAACAGACACGAGCACUCUCACGACAGGCCACCCAGGAAAUGCACAGGGGUUUUCUACAAGACAUGCGCGAUCGCUUGUCACCCUUGGCUCAAUGCACGUCAAAUUGUGCUCAGCAACGUGUCCCUGAUGUUUUCCCCGACAGUUCAACAAAUCAUAGCCUGGAUAUGAGUAACAUCAAGUUUUGGACGACGGCAGAGGCACGCCAACGCUGCCUACAAAUUGUUGCGAAGAUCGGAGGCCCCCGGGAACGACGGCGCGCCCAUGCACUCCUAGCUGUGCACGAUUGUUUCGGGUCUUCGGAAACGGUGGAAAGAUGGGAUAGGGCAGCAGCUGAGGCGGCGUAUUGGAGCGACUCACGUUAUCCAUUUGGCUUUCUUCCUUUGAUUCCCGUACACAUUUUAUCAUCUUGUGAUGCGGUCGCUUCCACCCCCUGGGACGGUGACAUCAAUACCAAAUCAACCCCGCUUCCAUCGUUGUCAGAAUUCUUCUCAGCUCUCUCGGCGACGUGCGCCAAGCUUCUGACCGAUAAUUCAGAUUCGCGACUUUGUACACAGAGGCCGAUCAUUCCUGAGGAAAGUCAUCCAGAUCCUGACGCCCUGCAGGACUUCUCCAAUGACUGCCCCGCUGACAUUCCCCCUGCUCCUACGCUCAUCACUUCGAAACUCACGGCACACACAGUAGAAAGCAUGUAUGCUGGCGCCUCCAGGGGGUGGACCACUCUCACGGCGAACCGCACGAGCGCAAGGGUGCUCCUGAGAAGAAUGGGAAAGAGCUUAGAUACUUUACAACGCGGUUGCAGUGGUACAACCGCUAUUUCCCCCGCGGCGAUUUGGCUAGUGGACCCUCGCAGUCUUGCAGAGGGCAUGCAUAUUGACAACAGCAACUGA